UGUGAGAGUACCGAGGGGAAAGAAAGUAGUACAUACCCACUCAGAGAGUCACCCUGGUAUUUAAUACCGAAUGCAUGUCCACCCGCCCCAACUGCGGACUUGUUCUUUGGCAAAUAUCCUAAGGAGCUCUUGGUCAGCUGAUCCAUCCAUUCUGCGCUCUGUGGAAGACUUGUGUCACCAUCAUAACCGACCUUGAACAAUCUUUAACCGUCGCUUGACCUGAUCUGAUAGUGCAACUGCUACACCCUUCUGGAGACGUAAUCAUGUCGUCUGCACUGGAAAGUCAGGCUGGAUUUGAGGCCACAUUUUUGGGCUUUCUCUACCGCCAGACCACAAAACCAAAGCGCCUGCCCGCAGACACUGAUCUUACAGGCCAAGUAGCCAUCGUUACUGGAAGCAACACUGGUCUGGGCUUCGAGGCAUGUCGGCAGCUCCUAGGGUUUCGGCUGUCUCACCUGAUUAUGGGUGUGCGCUCACAAGCGAAUGGCGACGAGGCGGCCGGGCGACUCAGCAAAGAGUUCCCAGGCACCAAGAUAAGCGUAUGGAUCGUCGACAUGCAGUCAUACGAUUCUGUUCGCGCCUUUGCCGACCGGUGCGCUGCCCUGCCGCGCAUCGACUUGGCCAUCCUGAAUGCCGCCCUAAUCAAGAUGUCGUAUACUCCGGUUCCAUCGACGGGUCAUGAGCUAUCGAUGCAAGUAAAUUAUCUCUCUACGGCCCUCCUCGCCAUCCUGCUCCUUCCCAUCCUUAGGUCCAAGAAGGUCGCCACCUCAAAACCGCCGGUGCUCAGUAUCGUCGGGUCUGAUAUGGCAUAUCUGGCAAUAAUGAGGACCAAGGGCCCGAUACUGGAGCAGCUCGAUACGCCCGAUGGUUAUGCUCAGUUAGAUUGGUACGGAAGGGCGAAGAUGUUGCUCGUCUUCUUUGUUGCCAAGCUGGCCGACACCGUCGACUCCGACGUGAUCAUCAACAUGCCGAAUCCUGGCACGUGCGGGGGAACGUCCUUUUUCCGAGAAUGGUCCACGCUCUCCGGGGUGAUGGUGGCCGUCCUCCAAUUUGUCUUUGCGAGAUCUGCCGAGGUCGGUGCCUCCACCUACCUUGAUGCGACUAUUGCCAGGGGUCCGGAGAGUCACGGAUGCUUUCUGAGCGACUGGGCCAUCAAACCAUAUCCGUCGCUUUGGUAUACGGUGGAGGGCGCUGAGUUCAGUGAAAGGCUAUGGGAGGAGACAUUAGAAGAGCUUAACUUCGCCGGCGCUUCUAAAAUCAUAGACGACGUAAAGAGAGGUCUAUGAUAAGCGUUGAAUGUAGUGCCCACCAUGAGCUAGCCUCGUGCUUUGCCACUAGGUCUACGUUUUCUACUCCCUCAGAACCACUGCUGUAUUCAGAGUGUCUCGGUGACGAAUAGAACCAAUUCUGUGUUUAUAUUUGAUCUUCGGCAUUGAUCACGGGACACUGCAAUGGAUAGAUCAUCAUGUGAGCCGGGACCCGGGCACUAGGAUCUUUCUAAUGGCUAAUAGUUAUUCACUUCAU